CCAGAAAUACAGGAUGGCCCAGGCAGCUGAGGGGGGGAAUAUUCUCUGUGAGGGGUAAAGGAGGGAAAAAUGGAGCCCAUGAGGUGCCUUGGCGUCUCUAUGACCCCGCGCCGGGGUAGAGCGGUCACUUCCGGCCCCUCCCGCGGGGGGGGGAACCCCAGCGCCAAGAUGGCGCAGGCCCUGUCGGCCGAGGAGUUCCAAAGGAUGCAGGCGCAGCUGCUGGAGCUGCGCACCGAGAACUACCGGCUGUCGGAUGAGCUGCGCAAGAACGGCGCCGAGCUGUCGGGGCUGCGGCAGCGGGUGCAGACGCUGGACAGGGACCUGGCCAAGGCCAACAAGGCCCUCAGCAAGAGCAAGAAGGCCCAGGAGGUGGAGGCCCUGCUGGGGGAGACCAGGAUGCUCCAGGGGAAGCUGCAGAGCCAAGAGGACGAUUUCCGUCUGCAGAACAGCACCCUGCUGCGGGAGCUGGCCAAGCUCUGUGCCCAGAUCGAGGGGCUCGAGGAGGAGAACCGGCGGCUGCAGGAGGGGGGGGGCGGGGGGAGCCCCCCGAGACCCCCCCGGGGCCCCCCAGGACCCCCCCGGGACCGGGGAGAGGAUUCAGGGUCUCUGAUGCCCCUCCCCCCACUCCCAGCCCCCCCAGACCCCCCCCAAAAAGAGAAGGAAGAGGAGGGGGGAGGGGGGGACGCCCCCCCCAGGGACCCCCCUGCACCCCCUGUCCAGGCAGAGGUGGCCCAGCUGCAGGAGGAGGUGGCCAAGCUGACGGAGGAGCUGCGGGAACAGCGGGAAAGUUUUCUCCGCCAGCAGGAGGAGAAGGAGACGCUGCUCCAGGAGAGCCGGGCCCGCUGGGACGCGCAGGCGCAGGAGCUGCAGGCUCGGGGCCGGCGGCUGCAGCAGGAGCUGGAGGCGGCCACCAAGGCCCAGGGGGGGCUGCGGGAUCUGAGCGAGGCCCAGGCCCGGGAGCUGCGGGACAGCCGGAGCCAGAGGGAGAGGCUGGAGAGGGAGCUGCAGGUGUGCUCAGGUGAGCGGGAGGAGCUGCGCCAGCGCCUGCACGAGGCCGAGGCCGCCCAGGAGCGGCUGCGGGAGGAGCAGGAGCAGCAGCGGGGGCAGCUCGAGGAGGAGCUGGGGCAGCUGCGGGCGGCGCUGGGGGAGGAGCAGCGGCUGCGGGAGCUGCACGAGGCCGAGGGACGCGCCCUGAGACAGGAGCUGAAGGACGUGCGGGACGGGCAGCGCAUCCUGGAGAAGAAAGGCAGCGCCGCCCUGAAGGAUCUGCGGAGGCAGCUGCAGCUGGAGCGGCGCCGCGGGGAGCGGCUGCAGGAGCGGCUGCAGGAGCUGCUGGUGCCCAGCAGGAACCGCUCGGGGCUGGAGGAGCUGGGGCUGGACGGGGGCUCCUCCCCAGGGCGGGGCCCGGGCGGGGACAGCAGCUCCGUGUCCUCAUUGGGCCGCGAUGGCUCCGCCCCCGGCAGCACCAAGUCGGGCUCGGGCAGCCCCGGGGGCGGCAGCGCCGGGGGGGUCCCGGCCGGGGGGGGCCUGUCCCCGGCAGAGGUGGCCGAGCUGUUCCAGCGGCUGGCCCAGAGCCAGCAGGAGCGCUGGCUGCUGGAGGAGAAGGUGAGGCACCUGGAGGUGUCGAGCGCGUCCAUGGCCGAGGAUCUGUGCAGGAAGAGCGCCAUCAUCCAGAGCUUCGUGAGGGACAGCCGCACAGAGGCCGCGGGUCCCGCGGGGCCGGCGCGGCGCGGGGCGGGGGCGGGGCCAGGUGAGGAGGGGCUGCGGGAGAUGAACAAGAAGCUGCAGAACCUCCUGGAGGAGCAGCUGACCAAGAACCUGCACCUGGCACAGGACCUGGAGUCGCUGUCGCAGGAGCUGGCGCAGCUCAGGAAGGAACAGGCGACCCCCCCGGGACCCCCCUGAGGGGCGGGGCCUCUCCUGGUGGGCGGGGCCUCACCCUUUCCCCCCCCGCAGGCUCCGCCCCCCGGCCGGGGCGCUGCUGCGGGGGAGGCGUUUCCCCUUUAAGGGCUCGGCGGGCCCCGCCGGCAUUGCCCUUUUAAGGCCGGACGGUUCUUUACAUGGCGUUGCCCCUUUAAGGGUGGGGGGGGGGGGGAUUCCCUGGAGGGCGUUGCCCCUUUAAGAGCGGGGGCGUUGCCUCUUUAAGGAGGACGUGGUCCCCACUCUGGCGUUGCCCGUUUAAGGGGGUCCCGCAUGCGCCCCCCUCUCUCCCCCAAAUAAACCCGAUGUGAAUCGCU